UGCAAAAUCUACAAGCCUCGAGUUUACCCUUGGCCCGAGAUAAACUUAAAGCAGAAAUGACAUUAUUUAGGAUCAUUGUUGCAAUUUAGACCAUCUUGUCAAGAGUAAAUAUUGUUGAGAAUAAUUGGGUUGCCGCGCCACGCGCGAGAGGCUGGGUGUGUGUGUGUGUGUGUGCGGAGAGCAAAUCUAUAGCUUUUUCGCUCUCCCUUCAAGCGUAUUCUUUCACUGCCGUUGAACAUGCUGAGAGUACCAAGGAUCUGCUGUCGUGCUUUAUCGUUGCAGAAGCCUUCUGUACGAUUCUUUUCAAGCUCUCAAAUCUUGAAUAAUAAGUCAAGCACUCAACAUCCUUCACACCCAGAGCUUCAUGUUCACGAAGCUUCAAAAAGUUCACCAGCACCCAAAUUACGAUAUGCGAUCUCGUACGUAUCAAGUGCAGAUAUUCCGGCCUCCACCAGUCUGCUUGAUCAUCCGGAUCUUAUCAUCGGCUGGACUCCCGAACAAUUCGAACUGAAUCACAAUUCAUUUGUCGAGAAUAAUUCGUUUGUACAGUUUCUCACAAAUACUCUGUCGGAAAACAUUCAUAAAGUGAAUGAUCCUACCUUGAAAGCCACGGCUCAAUGGCAAAAAGAAGGAUGGCUGCAUAUCGGCGAUGAACGUAAUCCACCUCCGUGGGGCCGUAUUCCUUUCCCUGAGGAUAUUAUUGGCACCGUGUUGGUUAAGGAUGGCGAAAUUCAACCUGGUACAUAUCAAGCCAUGCCUACGCAUCGAAUCGUCUCUCCUAACGGUGUCUUUCAACUUUCUGAACCUCUGGCACGAUGUGUUAUUGAGAAAGCCAGAGCCAAAGUUCAAAGCUCGUAAAAAAUUCCUGGCAAUAAGAAGGAAUACUGUUACGUGACGACAGGAAAAAGGAAAGGGCCCGCAAAUCAUAUUCAGUAAAUGUGGGAACAUAACAUGUAUAUUUCAUGGAUCAUAUAGACAUGCUACCUUCAAGUUUAUUGGGGCAGUUGAAAUAAAAUGACACUGUAGAUUAACACGCAACAGGUUGGAUAAUUUUUUUACUACAGGGCAAUAAUAGUUCCAACCUGACAGUGAAGAAAUUCGAAGACAAGGAUUUAGUUUGUCAGAAAGCAAAAUGCUUUCAUCGAAAAUAUGUCAUAGACUCCGAGUAAUAUCAAGGAUUAACCACUUUGUAUCAACAUCGUUGUAUUUGAGGCCCUGAAAACAAAAAUGUCGUUUGCC